AUGGAGAUAAAAUUACAUUUAAUUUUUUUUUUAAUUUGUAUAAUAUUCUAUAAAAAUGUUGUGAAAUGCAAUAAUAACAAUAAUAAGAACAUUAUAAGUAAGUCAUAUAAUAAUAUCAGAAAAAAUUUUUCGAAAUGGAAUAAUUCUUCAAUAAAUGACAAAGAUAAUGAUGAAAAUUUAAAUACUGAAGAACAUAUAAGAAAAAGUAUUAGUAAUUACAAAAACUAUUUAUUACGCUUAAAGAAUUUUCUUGAUUCUAGUAAAGAGAGUAAAGAAGAAAAUAGCGAUAAUUAUGAUAAAAAUGAUGAAAAUUAUGAAGACAAUAAUUUUGAGCAUAACCCUAUAGAAAAUAAAAAUAAUGAAAGUUACGAUAACAAAAAUGAUAACAAUGAAAGUGAUUCUAUAGAUGAAAGCACUGUUGAAGGAAAUAAUGAAUAUAGUAAUGAAAAAAAUAGCAAUGAACAUGAUGGAAAUGGGGAUGAUACUAGUGAAGAAAAUGAAGAAAUGUUAGAAAAGUUUGCUAAUUUUCAGGAAAUUAACAGAAAAUAUAUGGAACUUCAAGGAAAUUCAGAAGAUGAAAAUAAUGUUUACAAUAAAUAUGAUACAGAAUCAUAUGAUGAAGAUGGUGACGGAAAAAAAGUUUUAAGUGCAUACGAUAUCAAAAUAAUGGAAACAGUUAGACAAGUGAGUAUCAGAGCAUCGAGAAUGGAUGUGAAUUAUUUUAAAGAUAUAGAUAAGGAGUUUAAAAACUGUUUUGACAAACAUGAUUUUUUAUUUUGUAAGAUGGCUGAUAAGAUUAAAAUAGACUUAGGUAAUGGAAAUAUGAAAAAUAAAGAAUAUGCCAUAAACAAAUUAGAAACUUUAUUCAAUCAAAUAAAUAAGGAUUAUAUAGAAAAAGACAAUUUUGAUUUGCAUAAUUAUUUGCUUGAUUUAAAAUUCAUCAAUUUUUUUGUAUUGAAUAAAGCAUCCGACAAUUACAAUGAUAUUGUAAAUUUAGUUAAUGAUAUAAAUUCUAAAAUAGAAUUAUCAUCUAUAGAUGGAAUUAUUAAUUCUUUUGUUCAUAAUAAAAAUAUAAAUUAUAAAAUUAAAGAAAAUAUAACUAAUAUAAUUACAAAAACUUCUAUUAAAUAUUUUAAAAUAGAAAUAAAUAAAGAAAAAAAACUGUUCCUACCUGUACUAGAAUAUCAUAAUAAUAAAUCUCUCAAUUACAUAUCUGAUACUUUUUUUAGAAAUAAUAAAAUAUGUGAGAAUAAAAUGUGUCCAUCUAAUUCUAAUUGUUAUAUAAUCGGUCUUGAAGAGGUGUGUAGAUGUUUUCCCGGUUUUAAAGAAUUAAUAGAAGAUAAUACUAUUAAGUGUGUAAAAGAUGAUGAAAUAGAUUGUAUGAAAAAUAAUGGAGGUUGUGAUAGCAAUGCAAAAUGUGUUUUUGAAGAAAAAAAAAUUGUUUGUGAGUGUAAUGUUGAUUAUGAAGGAGAUGGUAUAUAUUGUUCUAAUGCAUUUUUUAAUUCGAUUAAUAUUUUAAUUUUCCUUAUAGUAUUGAUUUUUAAUUUAUACAUAUUAUAA